AGUAAUGUUUGAAGCUUAGAGGCAUACGAAUCACUUCAAGUAUCGUUUUAAGUCAGUUUUAAUACCAUUGAACGGAUAUGAACAAGUUUAGGUUUUAUAAAGCAUGAACAGUAUUUUUUUGACCGUUAAAGAAGUAUUUUUAAUGUAGUGUUAAGUGAAAAGUGUUGUUUUUUUAUUCUACACGCUUCUGUGAUUUAUCGUACUAUUCUUUUUUCUGUCGUAUAUAUUUUUAAAGAGAUUUAUCAAAAGCAUAGGUUUAGAAAAAAAAAUAAAAAAUAUGACAAAACAAGUGUCAAAUAAUGAGAAUGAUAGAGGCAACCAAGGUGAAGCGGGAAUCUCAAUGUCAUUACUGGGACAUCUUAAGAAGACACCAAAAACACCUAUACCCGAAGAACCACGUGAAACAUGGUCUGGAAAAGUAGAUUUUCUUUUAUCAGUCAUAGGAUUUGCAGUUGAUUUGGCCAAUGUAUGGCGAUUUCCAUAUCUAUGUUAUCGAAAUGGUGGAGGGGCAUUUUUAGUGCCUUACUGUAUAAUGCUGCUGAUAGGUGGAAUCCCACUAUUUUAUAUGGAGUUAGCCUUGGGACAGCAUGAGAGAAAAGGAGCUAUAACGACAUGGGGAAAUCUUGUUCCUUUAUUAAAGGGCUUAGGUUGGGCAGUAGUUUUAAUUGCAUUUUAUGUGGACUUUUUUUACAAUGUAAUUAUUGCUUGGUCAUUGAGGUUCUUUUUUGCAUCCAUUACUGAUGUACUGCCUUGGACACACUGUCGACACAGUUUUAAUACAAAUUCUUGUAAAGCGUUUGAAGUUAACUAUUCUCGUUCUACUGAGCCAUCUUUUCUUCAAACAACUAUGAAACCAUUUUUUAAUUCUACUGUUGCAUCCACAAUAAUUGAUAGUGAAAUAACGACCGUAGCAACUAAUAUUACAAUAGUUUCAAAUUCAUCAAAAGCAUUCUCCUCUGCUUCAUCAGAAUAUUUUAAUCGUUUUAUUUUGGAAAUUCAUAAAUCGGACGGAAUUCAUGAUUUAGGAAUUAUUAAAUGGGAGAUGGCAGCGUGUUUACUUAUUGUUUAUUUGAUUUGCUACUUUUCACUUUGGAAAGGAAUUAGUACAAGUGGUAAAGUUGUCUGGUUUACUGCCCUGUUUCCUUAUGUAGUAUUAUUAGCAUUGUUGAUUCGCGGAAUCACUCUUCCUGGUAGUGCUGAAGCUGCAACACAAGUUUUCUUUUCUUUGGGUCCUGGAUUUGGAGUUUUACUAGCGUAUGCUUCAUAUAAUAAAUACCACAAUAAUGUUUACAAGGAUGCACUUCUCACAAGUUUUAUCAAUUCAGCCACUUCUUUCGUUUCCGGUUUUGUGAUUUUUUCCGUUUUGGGAUAUAUGGCUUACACUUCAGGACAAAAAAUAUCAGACGUAGCUACAGAGGGCCCAGGACUAGUUUUUGAUGUUUAUCCAGCUGCAAUUGCAACGAUGCCAGGAUCUGUAUUUUGGGCAUUAAUAUUUUUCAUGAUGUUACUUACUUUAGGAUUAGACUCCUCAUUUGGAGGUUCAGAAGCAAUAAUUACAGCAUUAAGUGAUGAAUUUCCAAUUAUCAAAAGAAAUCGAGAAAUAUUUGUUGCAUGCCUUUUUUCGGUUUAUUUUUUCGUUGGUCUUGCAUCUUGUACGCAGGGAGGAUUUUAUUUCUUUCAACUUUUGGAUAAAUAUGCUGCCGGAUAUUCCAUCUUAAUUGCUGUUCUGUUUGAAGCACUUGCUGUCAGUUGGAUUUAUGGCACCAAAAGAUUUUGUGCAGAUAUUAAAGACAUGAUUGGUUUUUAUCCUGGAAGAUAUUGGAUAUAUUGUUGGAAGUUUGCAGCACCUCUGUUUUUAAUAUUUAUUAUUGUUUUUGGAUUAAUCAAUUAUGAGCCAUUGUCUCACGGAGAUUAUGUUUAUCCACUAUGGGCAAAUACUCUUGGAUGGUGUAUUGCAAUUUCAUCUAUGGGUAUGAUUCCGGGUGUUGCUGUGUAUAAAAUUAUUAUAACAAAAGGAAGCUUCUUAGAAAGGAUACGAAUUUUAACGACUCCUGUUAAAGAUCAAGCUCUACAAAAUAUUAAUGGAGUAACUUCAGAACAAAUUCGAACGAGAUUAACAACAAAUACUGAAGGGGAAGAUGUUUGAAUUUAUGCAAGUUUUAGUAUUUAUUAUGUCUAAGAUAAACUUUUUUUUAACUUUUAACUUAUUAUGUGCUCAAAUGAUCAUUGUAUGGACAAUACAAAAUUUUAAGAAUGUUACAAAUAUAUAAAAAAAAACAUUUGUUACAAAAAAAAAGCUAUUUGAGUGAUUCAAAGAUUUUUAGAAGAAAAAAAAUUGUAAUAACAAGGAACCACAAAACUAUGCUGUAAAGAUAAUAGAACUUAAACAUUAUUCUCAUAUUCAAUCUAUUAUAUCUGAUUUUUCAAUGAAAGAAAAAUAUAAUAAUGUUAACGUUUUAUUUAGAUUUUAAGUAGCUAAAGUAAGAAACAGAUGCAAAAAAUUUAUUAUAUAAAGGAGUAACAUGUUAACUAAAAGAGUAGACCAACUUAUUAAGAAUCAAUGAUUCAAAUUUUUGAUAUUAAAUAUUUAAUUGUUAAAAAAACAAUUAAUGUGAUUGUUUUAUGAGAAAAGUUUUUAAAUUGGGGGUUUAAUAAUUAUUAUCAAAAAAUGAAGAUUUUUAAAAAAAAAACUUUUAAAGAUAAAUCCGUAUUAAGCAUGUAUGUGGAAGAAAUAUGAAAAAAAAAUAUUUUGUAAAAGACGAUUGAAAAGUUGAAUUUAAAUUUUUGUCAUCUUUACAUAAAAAUAAAUUAAUUUAUGUAAACUCAGCCAUAUGACUUAAAUUUAAAUUCAUUAUGAAUAAAUUAGUAUGGAAUUAUGAAUAUAUUUUUCCACACAGCCAUUGGAAAAGUAUGUUCACAAAAAUAAAUCUAGUUCCAAAUCAUUUUUACAACAGUGAUGCAGGUUUAAAUUAAACGAACAUUUAACCAACUUAUUAAUUAUUUAAAUUUAUUGUUUUGAGUAUUUUUCCUCAAUGGAAUUUAUCACAAACGAUAUUAAUUUUAUUAUUUUUUUAAGUUAUUAGAAAAAAUGGGUAAAAUUUGAAUAUUUCUAUAUUAAUAGAUGAAAAAUAUAAUUUCCAUGUUUCAAUUCAACUUUGUUUCUUCAUUCCUUGGUUAAAUAAAACACAA